UUGCUCCAUUUCCUGUCUGGGGACUCCUGCCCUCCCGCUGUGGACUCUGCCUCCUUACCCACAGAGAUGCCCUGGCAGAGUCCAGAGUCCUGGGGCAGCGAGGAGCCGAGAGCUGGGCUGCCAGGCUCCUUGGGAAGAAACUCAGCAUGGAUUCCAAGGACCUCAGCCUGGCACCUCUGACACAGGACGGCCCUAGGAGGGAGGCUCCGGGUGGAAGGACCGGAAAGGACUGGUCCUGCUGGCUGGUCGUGGCCUCUCUGGUGGGCGCCUUCGGUUCCUCAUUCCUGUAUGGAUACAACCUGUCGGUGGUGAACGCUCCAACCCCGUAUAUCAAGGCCUUUUACAGUGAAGUGUGGGAAAGGCGGUACGGACAUCCCAUAGACCCGGACACUCUGACUCUGCUCUGGUCUGUGACCGUGUCUAUAUUCGCCAUCGGUGGACUGGUGGGGACUGUCAUCGUGAAGAUGCUUGGGAAAGCUCUCGGGAGGAAGUCCACACUGCUGAUCAACAAUGUGUUUGGGAUUUCUGCUGCAUUGCUGAUGGCUUUUUCUCUCCUGGCGGGAGCCUUUGAAAUGCUCAUCAUAGGACGCUUCAUCAUGGGUGUGGAUGGAGGCAUCGCCCUCAGUGCACUGCCCAUGUACCUCAACGAGAUCUCACCCAAGGAGAUCCGCGGCGCCCUGGGCCAGAUGACCGCCAUCUUCAUCUGCACUGGCGUGUUUGCUGGGCAGCUGCUGGGCCUGCCUGAGCUGUUGGGAAAGGAGAGCACCUGGCCAUACCUGUUUGGAGUGAUCGUUGUCCCUGCCGUGGUGCAGCUGGCAGUCCUGCCCUUCCUCCCUGAGAGCCCUCGCUACCUCCUCUUGGAGAAGCAUGAUGAGACGGGAGCUGUGAAAGCGUUCCAGACGUUCCUGGGGAAGGCAGAUGUGUCGCGGGAGGUGGACGAGGCCCUGGCCGAGAGCCGUGUGCAGAGGAACCUACGCCUGGUGCCGGUCCUGGAGCUGCUGCGGGCCCCCGCCGUCCGCUGGCAGAUCAUCACCGUGGGCGUCACCAUGGCCUGCUACCAGCUCUGUGGCCUCAACGCGAUCUGGUUCUACACCAACAGCAUCUUUGGGAAUGCUGGGAUCGCUCAGGAGAAGAUCCCGUACAUCACCCUGAGCACCGGCGGCAUCGAGACGCUGGCCUCCAUCUUCUCGGGCUUGGUCAUUGAGCGCCUGGGAAGGAGGGUGCUGCUCAUCGGUGGCUUCGGGCUGAUGGCGCUCUUCUUUGGGAUCCUCACCGCCGCGCUGACUCUGCAGGACCGCGCCCCCUGGGUCCCUUACCUGAGCAUCGUGUGCAUCCUGGCCGCCAUCGCCUCGUUCUGCAGUGGACCAGGUGGCAUCCCCUUCAUCCUGACCGGUGAGUUCUUCCAGCAGUCACAGAGGCCAGCAGCCUUCAUGAUCGCAGGCACCGUCAACUGGCUGUCCAACUUCGCCGUGGGCCUCCUCUUCCCCUACAUCCAGAAAAGCCUGGACUCCUACUGCUUCGUCGUCUUUGCGGCAAUAUGUGUUGCAGGCGCACUCUACUUCUACUUCGUCCUGCCCGAGACCAAGAACAGGACUCACGCCGAAAUCAGCCAAGCCUUUGCCAGGCGGAACAAGGUGCAGGCCCCUGAGGAGAAGCCCGGCCCCGCCACAGAUGGCAAGAAGGAGAACGGAACGGCUUCCACUUUGGACAACUGUGUCAAAAACAGGGUUGUUUGAAUGGAUAGAAAGGUCUCCCUGUUUCAACCAACCAAAGAUCUCCCCAUGUUUGGAGGACUCAAACGACUGAAGCCACACAAGCCUUUAAAAAUGAGCCUUUCCGAUCUCACACGACUGUCUCUUUACAGCUCAACCUCCCACACUCUUCUGGAAGCUGGAAAGAAUCUCCUUAUGUGCCAGUGGACCAUUUGGGUACCAUGGAGGCUGGCCUUCCGUGACAUUGCUAUGGUUUUGACGGGAAAUUGGGGAAAUAGCAUUGGAAUGUUCUCUAAAGGAAACCGUCUGGUCUGAUGAGGACUCUGGGGGCUGGAAAUUAUACUUGGAAAUUCAAGUCCCAUCUGGGCCCUAAGGACCCUGACCUGCCCUCUGAAGCCUAGGCCUCCCGAGCCCAGUAGGAAGACUGUCUUCCUCUAGUAAGUGUCUUUCACUCACCUGUCUCUCUGCCUUGGGACCAGGCUUAGGAAAGCUCACGCCCCACCAUCAUCUUGCAAGUUCUGCCUUCACCGUGAUGCUGUCCCAGGAGUUCCAGAUGCUAGGCCUGGGCUAUCUUGACUUUAGACUGUUAUACACAUAUAGAAAUUAUCAAUGUGUAAAAGGAAACAGGCAUGCAAGUAUAAGAACAAAAACAACCUUUCUCCUAACUGAGGCAGACACUACAAAUUGAACUCUAUCCAACUGAAGCACAAUACUGAGAAUGAUUAUGAGACUACGCCUGUUGUUGCUGAGAAAGAACAUUGUGAUUGAUUGAUGAUGUCUGUCUCCAGUGCAGGAAUGAAAGAAUCAGCUUGUGUGCCACAUGUCUGCCAGGUCUAGGAGACUUACCCUAAGAGGCAGCAUACUGCUUUGGAAAACAGUGAGUUCACCAGCACUGGAAAUGAGGAGCGGUGUUAUUUGAUAUUUGGCUUGCCUCCAAACCCAGGCAAAAUGCACCUGAAAAAAGUUAAUAGGUAAAUGAGAGUUAAUGGCUAGAUUGUGUGGAUGUGUUUAGUGAUAUACAGAGAAAGUGGAGAUUAGGUACAAAAUUUUCCAGAUACGAAAGUGUAAAAAAAAAGUAAUAAUAAUAAAGAAAUAAAGUGAAAUCUUAACAUUUGAA